AUGGGCGCCGUUGAAGAUUCAGCGACGGCGGCGGGGGCGGCAGCGGAGAUGGAGCUGGACUACUCGCAAGGCGGCGUGCUGCCCAGCUUUGACUUCGCGUUUGACUCGGUCAACUUCUCCGACCGGAAUCUGCGUAUAGAGAUCGUCGCCGGUGACCACGUGCUGGGUUCCGGUGGACACGUCGGCGGAGGAUCCACUACCGACCAGGCGCGCCGCGGCAAGGAGAAAGGUGGUGACUCUUCCUCGAUGAUGGUGGGUAGACCAGUUUUACGAGAAAAGACCAUUCAUAUCAAUUCAGCAAUUCUUGCUUCAAGAAGUCCUUUCUUUCUGAAGCUUUUCUCAAAUGGCAUGAAAGAAUCUGAUCAGAUGCACCCAACAAUUAAGUCCUUUCUUUCUAAAGGACUUCUUGCUUCAAGAAGUCCUUUCUUUCUAAAGCUUUUCUCAAAUGGCAUGAAAGAAUCUGAUCAGACGCACCCAAUAAUUAGGAUUGCUGAUUCAGAGGAAAAUGCCUUUAUGGAGCUUUUAAGAUAUAUGUACAGCGGAAAGUUGACACCAACGGAGCCCAGUCUAUUGCUCGACAUCUUGAUGGCUGCAGACAAAUUUGAGGUUCUCUCUUGCGUGGGGCAUUGCAGUCAGCUGCUCACAAGCUUGCCUAUGACCACAGAAUCUGCACUGCUUUACCUAGACCACCCUUGCUCGACUUCAUUAUCGGCUGAGGUCGAGGGUGUGAUCUGCGCAGCCAAGGAAUUCCUUGCCAACAAAUACAAUGAUUUUGCUAAGUUCCAGCAUGAACUGAUGAACUUCCCUCUUGCUGGGAUUGAAGCCAUCUUGUCAAGUACUGACCUACAAGUAAUACGGGAAGAUUGCAUAUAUGCCUUUAUGCUCACAUGGGCCCGUGAACGAUACCCAGAAUUGGAGGAAAGACGCGAGAUCUUGAGUUCUCGUUUACUGCCACUGGUACGCUUCAGUCAUAUGACAUGUACAAAACUUCAGGAGAUCCUAGCAUGCAGCGAUGAUGAUAUAGACCAUGAGAAAGUAACUAAACGUAUUGCUGAGGUACUUCUACAAAAAGCUUACCCAAAACAGAUGGAAGGUGCUCUUGCAGCAGACGCAACAACCUGUUGGCAAUUUACUGAGCGAGAGUACAAGUACAAACCUGUGAAAUUGGUUACUUUUGAUCGACCCUGCCCACAGGUUAUCGCUUACCUGGAUCUAACACGCGAGGACUGCUCCCGACUCUUCCCGUCUGGACAUGCAUGGUCACAUGACUUCCGGCUUGCAGGGUGGAAGGGGAGCAUUUAUCUCAGCCCAGUCUGUACAAUGAAUGAGCAGAGUAAGUUGUCCACCUUUGGUCUCCAGUUAAUUGGAUUCGGUUCCACAGAUUUGACAGUGGAUAUUGAGUUUGCUGCAAGGACAAGAUCGUCCGGAAAAUUUGUGAGCAAGUACAGUUGUAAGCACACCUUCACCAGUGCUUGGUUGAAAAAAUGUGAUGAUCUUUUUGGCGUUCCAUGGUCGGCGUUCAUUGCCGAUGACAACCUCUUCAUCGACGGUGUGCUGCAUCUGAGAGCUGAUUUGGCGGCGGUCCAGCAGACGGAGUUUCACGCUUGA